UCUGCUGUCAACGGUUGUGUAUCCGGGUGUCAACGAAAUUGCCUAAAGAAUUCCCUUGUAUUCAGGUGAAAGUAGCAGGAGCGCAUAAUAUUGAAAGGAACAGAUCAAUGAAAGCUUCAAUUUCAUUUUGUGAUCACGAAACUGUGAAGGGAAUUCUAAGUAAAAAAGCUCCUGGUUAGAUCGAGCCCAUCACAUAGUGGCUUGACAUCAGCAGGUUUUCUUCCGUUUCCCCACAUGCGACUCAUUCGAAUGGUGAGGAAUCAGUGGUUGAUUCUGUACCGUUAAAAUGUCUCGACGCACACAGUCAUUACCAGAACGUAUAAUUAAUGAUGGACGGGACGAUCCAGACAGGCCUGGAAUACCGACGCUCCAUCAAAUUAAUGAUUUCAUCAGUGCCAUACCAAGUAGGCUGCUUCAGAAUGCAAGUCCGCCAAGGAGUCCUGUCCGUCAAAGUGACAUUGAAAUGAAUAGGACAUCCAGCGAUGCAGAAGGAGAGUCUGCCAAGGAAAGCUCUCCUUGUGUCAUCAAAUUUGAUGGUUUGGAAGGAAAUGUAGACGUCAAAUAUAGAAAGUGUGUGAUGACCAGCUCUUCAGGGAGUAGCAAUGACAUCCUGGACACCCUUACUGAUAAAUUGAAAUGGGCCUUGAAAUUGCCGAAGCUGCUCAUCUGCAUCCUCGGGGGUGAGGAUGCAGUAAUGAUGUACGACCAGGAGCAAGAAAUCUGUAAAGGUCUUGUCAAGACAGUCCUCAGUAAUGAUGUUUGGUUAUUGACGAGUGGACUCCAGUGUGGACUAAUGAAGAGCAUUGGCGAGGCUCUGACAGAGCACGCCGCUGGUCAUGCUUUGAGCAUGCGAAAGAAUCUGGUGGCAAUAGGUGUAGCACCCCUCGGUAUCCUACAGCACAAAGAGGAAUUUCGUCCUGACAACCCAAUCAAACUGAGGCAACGCAGAAAGCAUGUGACGCAGAAGUGUAUGCCAGUAAUUGAGCUGGACUAUACUGUCACAGAUGACCAAAGUGGCAACAGACUGGAUCCAAACCAUACUCAUUUCAUCUUGGUGGGCGACAAGGAGCAAGGCAAGGGUACCGAGGGGAAGUUGAGGAGUCAACUGGUCAAUAAGAUAAAGUCGUGGAAGAUAGAGGGAACCACAGACAGCCAUUCCCGAACUCCUACCGUCUAUCUUCUCUUCGGUGGGAAUGCUACAGUUUUUGAGACACUUUUGGAUGCUGUGAGGAACAACAUUCCAAUCAUUGUCUUUCCCGAGUCCAAAGGAGCAGCUGAAGUACUUGUUGAUGUUAUACAGAUGGAUGAUCAGCGCUACGCUCCGGGUGAGAACUUCCAUAAUGGCGUUAAAAAACUUUUAAAGGAGAAGUUGAAGCUGCGAACCAUGGAGGAAGUUAUUGACAUCAAGGUUAAGAUUCAGCGCACCAUCUAUAAUCAUCGUCAUCUCAUCAACAUUGAACCCGUGUCACAGUGCCUGAAUAGUGCAAUACUCCGUGCAUUAAUGAAAGCUGAACAACACGUGGAACACCAGUCAAGCCAGUUAAUGCGUCUCGCUGUUCUGUGGAAUCUUUUGGACCUAGCCAAGUCCAAGUUCGAAAAGACCAACCCGAUUUGGAAGCAAACGGACCUUAUGGAGGAAUUACUCCACUACACUCUUGUCAAUGACCAGCCUGAUUUUGUCAAGCUGUUCAUCACAGCUGGCAGAAUCAACAUGAAAGAGUUCUUGACAUUCGCCAGAUUGAAGGAACUGUAUAACAAAGCAGGAGAUAACACUGUGGUCCUCACCAUUCUGGAGCGGUACACAGAGAAGACAGCUUCCCCUGAGGAUUAUCUUGCUGGCAUCGAGAGUCUCCUGAAAAAGUUGAUGUGCGACACCUAUGACGCGGAUCUAAAACCUAAGACAGGGAAGAACACUUUUAAGGAGCCACUGAAAGAGCUGUUUGUGUGGUCAGUUCUCCAGGAUCGUAUUCCCAUGGCUAUGGUGUUUUGGAAGCUUGGCAAGCCCUCCGUAGGAGGUGUUCUUGUGGCAAACAAACUUCUGAAGGCAUUGUCUGAGCAUCAGCAAGUGGUCGAUGCCCAGAGAGCAGCAGAAAUACGUCAACAUUCCAGGGACUUUGAGGAGAUGGCCGUCGACAUCCUUAAGAUGUGUUAUGCUUCAGACAGGCGUCGAACAUCGAGCCUCCUAGUGCGCAUCAUGCCGGAGUGGGGCGGUGUCACCUGUCUGGAUAUUGCUGCUUCAGCGAAGAGUAAACGCUUCAUAUCGCAUGUUGCCGUACAGAACCUGCUGAGCGAGCUCUGGAUGGGACGGAUGUUUGUCAUGACACACGUGUUGAAGAUCGGCCUGUGUGUUGUUCUCCCCUUCCUGUCCAUGUGGUUGAUCACUUUUCCUGAUCAUGUAGACGCAUCGAGUGUUCAGCUGAAAAAGAAAAAGGACCCUGUGUUUCCUCCUGCUGCAUCGAAGAUGGAUGGAGCAAAGAAGGACCAAGCAGACGGAAUCACGCAAGUUUAUACCUUCGAUCUUCCUCAGAGUUUGGUGCAGUGGAUGUACAAUAUAGAUCCCAUAGGUAUUUCCCAGUUGUUGUUUCUGGCUCUGUUUAGCUACAUCGUCCUCGCCAACUUUAAUCAGGAAGUCUCAGUGUUCGAGAUAGUUCUCAUGGUCUGGGUUUUCUCAAUCUUCACUGAGGAAAUACGACAGAUUCAGCAGGAAGAGUGCAACACAUUCCUGCACCGUGUAAGGGCCUGGCUGUGGGGCUAUUGGAACUGCGUGGAUCUGAUCUCCCUGGUGAUGUUCGCCGUUGGCAUUGGUCUGCGAUUCCACCCGGCCACGUUUGAUGCUGCCCGCGUUGUUCUGGCUCUAGACCUGAUGGUCUUCUAUUUCAGGAUUCUCCACGUCUGCUCCGCCAGCAAGCACCUAGGUCCCAAACUCAUUAUGAUCACAAAGAUGAUGCUUGACCUGAUCAGUUUCAUCUGUAUACUGUUGGUUUUUCUGAUCGCCUACGGAGUAGCCUGUCAGGCCAUCCUCUAUCCAAACAGUGCUCAUCCUGAGAGCAUUGCUAAAGGGGUUUUGUAUCGAUCCUAUUUCCAGCUGUAUGGAGAGCUCUUCCUGGAUAGUUUUGAAAGCCAAUGCGCUGUGAAUGAAACGCAGUUGGCAGCAGAAUCUUGGUUCGCCACUGUCAGUUUAGCAAUCUACCUUUUCAUCAGUAACAUCCUCUUGUUGAAUCUCCUUAUUGCUAUGCUGAACUACACCUUCACUGCAGUCCAGGAGAACACUGACACUUACUGGAAGUUCCAACGAUACCAGCUGAUCAAAGAAUACUACCGCCGACCUGCAGUAGUUCCACCCUUCAUUGUGGUCGCUCACUUGUUUCAGCUGGUGCGUUAUGUAUGGGACAGAUGCUGUCCAAAACACAAAAUGUACAGAGUUCCAAAUCUCAUGAGGCGAAAAAUGAAGCGUGAGGUUGCAGAGAUGGUGGCUUGGGAGAAGGGGAAAUGCCAAGAUUAUCUGGCUGAACAGAAGGCAGUUAAUGCAACAAAAAUGAAGAUGGAACAUAUUGAAAAGCGGCUCGAAGACAUUUCCUCAAAGAUGAACCAGUACUUUGAUGGGAACAGUCUCAGUGAAUCUCUUAACACUUUGCUGAAGCAGUUGGAUUUGAGCUACAAUAAUCCCAGUCCAUACAGGACCAGAUCACCAGAUUCACUGAGUGUGUCGUUCAGCCAAAUUCAAGAGAUGAAUGCUCAACUGGAUUUCAUUGGGAGUAGAACAUCCAGCAUCCAACAUCCAGUCCACGCAUCCAGCCCUAGAAUGAUCUUGGUACCCCCCAGAAGUCCACCCAGGAGAAAUGACGGGCUGAGAUUUGAGAGUAGAGCGCCAAGAAGUUGAACUAGAAGAAAAGAUUGGGGGUUGUCCCGAAAAUGGCUCUUUACCUUGAUGCAUUGAGGCCACCCACGAACUUAACAUUAAGUUUGAGGAGACAUCCAAGAAAAACAUCCCACUAUAGAGUUAACUUGGCCCCCGUAUUCAUGUACCACUUCGGUUUGUACUUCACCAGGAGUGUGUGAUUUGAUUUAAUUAUGUUUUGUCAUCGGGAGAAAAGGAGCAUAACUCGUAUGUUCAGUUUCUGGGGCUAUAUAUACGUAUAUAUAGUAGCGUAGGCAAGAGGAGCAGAGAAUACAGAAGGUAUGAAGAAUUUAACUGAUAAGGGGGAAGUUGGAAUGCUGAAUGAAAUGAAAUCAAGAGAGCGAAAUAAAGGAAUAUAAAUGCCUAACCGGGAUCUUGAAAAUAGAUCAUUAAUACAAAAUGGGUGAUGAAAAAUAGAUGAUGACAAAAUUAAAUACUGUUGUAAAAAAGGAUUUCAGAAAUGACUAUUUCAGUAGACCACUCUCAUUUUGCCUAUAACUCUUAUGGGCGGCCAGAGUUUGCCAAAAAUAUCACCUUUUGGUUGGAUUUCGAUUUAACUACCAUUUCGUUCAAAACGGAAGGUCGUCCCCAUGAUUUUAAAUGGGGUUGUAUUUUCAUUUAGUAUUUAGUAGUGCGUGUGUUAUUAUCUUGCGUUCUGAUAGUUGCGUGGGAUUCAUUACGCUUGGUGAAUUGUUUUACUUUUGUACCAACGGCCAGCCAUAGUUUUUUAGCAGCCGCUUGUAGGAAAAACACGACUGUGACGUCAAAGGAGCAGACCCUAUAAAGCAGUUUCUCCGUACCCUCAUUUGGUGAUUUUACCAGGCAACAAAAACAAAAAUAGGCCUGGCAAUAUAAUCAUCAUAAAAACCUCUUCCGUUGCAUCUACAACCUUGUGAUAAUACAGGCUACGUAGGGUAAUGGAUACAAAAACUAUUUUACUGAAAAUCAAAAACACUAAAGUAUAUCGUGUCAUAGUAAAACUAUAAACUAUAUUACUAUUCAAAGCUUCACUGCUUUGAUAAAUAUUUCUACGCAGUUAAAGCAUUAACUUCAGUUAAAUUUCAUGCACUGUCAACACGUAUACUGUUUUACUGUUACAUAGAAAAAUACACAGACUUUUAUUUUGAAGUGUAUUAUUUUAAACGUCUUUUAAUGAAAGGGAAGAGUAUUAUAUUUUUGCAAAAAACGUACCUUCAAACGGUAGUGAGUGUUGAAUUUCUGGCCACUGUGAAAUAGCAGUUUAGAAUUUGGGGUUGAGUUUUACAGUUUUAUCGUAGAGGCAAGUUGAUGGUUUACACACACUGUUAAGUUCGAAAUGCCUGUAUUAUUUUUCUAGCAUAUGACAAAAUGUAAACCAAUAAAUCUCGUACCCAAGAAGAUGAAUGCUUAGCUGGGUGUGGGGCAAAACGUGCACUCCUUUCUCAAAUACACUUUGCGCCCCGAAUUUUGCGCAUAAGCUUGGGUUUUGAAGUUCAAAUAAUAUUCUCAAUUAAUCAAAUUAGGUAUAAUUUACAGAGAUAUGUAUUUCAAUGGCUUGGAA